AUGCGCAAGUUCACACGCGCGCGCAAGGUCUGCAUGCAAGCACAAGCGCGCACCAGACCACAUAGUUUGCAUGUGGACAAUUUUUCAAGGGCUAGUGGAUCAUUGUAUGUGCAGGAAAUAAGCAAGCGGCCGACCCUCCAGUCCACACAUACUGCCAUAGAACUAACCGAACUCGAAGUCAAAGCGCCCUUUAUCGCCAAGGCAGCGCUUUACACAUACCAGGCAAACAAGGAAAGAACGAAUUCAUGUUCAGCGGAGCGAGGAUGA